AGUACCAAUCACCUUUUUCUUCACUCACUCUCUGUCUUCACACUUUCACACUCUAUAAUCCAUUUUCAACUUAUUAUUAUCACUUUCUUUAAAGCUCUCACCGCCGAAGUUUUUUCAAGCUUCUCUUUCCCAUAACAAACGCUUACUCCAACACUUAACUCAUUCCGAUUCCGAUAACUCAGUUUCAGUUACACGAGUUUCCGUAUUAAUUUUCUCAAGCAGAGUUUUAAGGUUAGGCCCUUCCUACUGCGAACAUUUGCCGUGCUCUGUGCCCGUGGUUUUGAAGCUUUUUCCUGAAAUUUGUUGGGAGUAAAAUUAGUUCUUUCAGGAAGAGUUUUACAUUUAGGCCCUUCCUACGACGAACCUUUGGAGCGCAGCUUAUCACUGCGCCGGAGGUUUUGAAGGCUGCUUGAAAUUUCAUGUGGAGUGCAAGGUUACCAAAUUCCAUGGAUGAUCAUGACCUCACUACAGAGCACAAUGUGCCAUCUGGUCGUAUAAAAGCGAUAAAAUUUGAUGUUUUAACUGGAGAAGAUAUAGAGAAAAUCUCCACCUUGGAGAUAAAAGCACCUGGACAGGUCACAUGUUCUGAUUUGGGACUUCCAAAUUGGUCUUAUGCGUGCACGACAUGUGGUUCAAACAAUAGAAAGUCCUGCGACGGUCACUUUGGAUCGAUAAAAUUUCCUCUUACCAUCUUACAUCCAUACUUCAUGGCAGAGAUUGCAGAGAUCUUGCAAAAGAUUUGCCCUGCAUGUAAAUCUAUUCGACAUGAAUUACGGAUCAAGCGUGCUAAAUCACUCCUUGGAUUCAAUAAUCAACCCAGAGGUUGCAAAUAUUGUUGUGGUGAUGGUAUGGGUCGUUAUCCUGCCAUGAAAUUCAGAGUUUCAUCCAAUGAUUUCUUCAGAAGAACUGCAAUUAUUGUUGAAGUAAAUGAUGUAUCUUUAAAUAAGAAAAGAAAUUUGGGGCGAGGAUUGCCAGCUGAUUAUUGGGAUUUCAUCCUUGGAGAUGCUCAACAAGAAGAAAAUCAUGUAAAUAGAAGGGUUUUAUCACCUGUUCAGGUUGAGAAUUUAUUGCGUGGUGUUGAUCCGAACUUCAUUGAAAAAUUUAUUCCAAGCAUGGAUUUGGUUAGCCUCAAUUGCUUCCUUGUGGCACCGAAUUGUCAUCGUGUGACAGAAGUUCUUCACCGACUUCCUGGGGGAUAUCCAUUGAGUUUUGAUAAUAGGACCAGGGCUUGCAAGAAAUUGGUUGAUUUCAGGGGUACAGCAAAUGAAUUAAGUUCUCGUGUUUUGGAUUGCCUAAGGUUUUCCAAGAUAAAUCCCGAUAGAACACCUAUUAAUAUUUUUACUGAGUUGCAACAAAGAAAGGUUGGAGAAAAUGCUUGCAAUUCUUCUGGUUUAAGAUGGAUGAAAGAUGUCGUUCUUGGAAAACGCAACGACUGUUCAUUCCGUACGGUGGUUGUUGGUGAUCCAGACCUUGAGCUUUGUGAAAUCGGCAUACCUUGUCAAAUUGCAGAAGGUUUGCAGGUUUCAGAGUGCGUGAAUAGGCAGAAUAAGCAAAGUUUACUUUAUUGUUGUGAGUUGCGUUUGUUAGAGAAGGGACGGAUAAAUGUUUGCAGGAAGGGUAAUCCAGUUGUUCUGUAUAAAAAAGAAGAUUUACAGAUAGGAGACAUAUUUUAUCGGCCUCUUGUUGAUGGAGACACAGUGUUGAUAAAUAGGCCUCCUUCCAUACAUCAACAUUCUAUGAUUGCUUUCACGGUUAGGGUUCUUCCAAUUACUUCUGUAGUUUCUAUUAACCCACUCUGUUGUUCACCUCUUUGUGGGGAUUUUGAUGGUGAUUGCCUUCAUGGGUAUAUUCCACAAUCUGUUGGUGCAAGAGUGGAGCUUAAUGAGCUUGUUGCUUUGGAUAGGCAACUGAUUAAUGGGCAAAGUGGUACAAAUCUGCUUUCACUUUGUCAGGAUAGUUUAACUGCUGCAUAUUUGCUGUUGGAAGAUGGGGUCCGUUUGAAUGUUUACCAAAUGCAGCAGCUUCAAAUGCUUUGCGAUAGAAAAUUAACACCUCCUGCAAUUGUCAAAGCAUCUUCAAGCAAUACCUCAUUUUGGAGUGGCAAGCAAUUGUUCAGCAUACUCUUGCCUUUUAAGUUUGACUAUGCUUCCCCUUCAAAUGAUGUUAUAGUUAGUGACGGGGAGCUGAUAUCUUGUUCUGAGGCUUCUGGGUGGAUACGUGAUUCAGAGAACAACAUUUUCCAAAGUCUUGUGGAACAUUUUCAAGGGAAGACUUUGGAUAUAUUGCAUGGUGCACAGAAAACUCUUUGUGAGUGGUUGUCUAUGACAGGUUUCAGCGUUUCCCUUUCAGAUUUGUACCUUUCUUCUGAUUCUUAUGCGCGGAAAAACAUGAUGGAGGAAAUCUCCUAUGGCUUACGAGAAGCAGAGAAGGCUUGUAAUUUCAAUCAGUUAUUGGUAGAUUAUUAUUGUGAUUUUCUUUCAAGAAGUCUAGAAGAGAAUGGAAAAUUUAUGACUGUGGACGUAGAUCGUCUUAAUUAUGAAAGAGAAUUAUCUGCUGCUGUAAGUCAAGCGUCAGUUGAUGCUUUUAGAAAAGUAUUUCGCAAUAUUCAGAGUUUAGCAGAUAAAUAUGCGUGCAAGGACAAUACUUUCCUUGCUAUGUUUAAGGCUGGAAGCAAGGGUAAUUUACUGAAAUUAGUGCAACAUUCCAUGUGCCUUGGGCUGCAACAUUCUCUGGUCCGGUUAUCGUACAGAAUUCCCCGUGAACUCUCAUGUGCUGGUUGGAACAGUCAAAAGGGGAUUCAUUCGAUGGAGAUGGUUUCUGAUACUCUUGAACCGGGCCAGUCUUUCAUUGCUCAUGCUGUGGUUGAAAGCUCUUUUUUCACAGGGUUGAAUCCACUUGAAUGUUUUGUUCAUUCAGUGACAAAUCGUGAUAGCUCUUUCAGUGACAAUGCAGACCUUCCUGGGACAUUGACCAGAAGACUUAUGUUUUUCAUGCGUGAUAUCUAUGAUGCAUAUGAUGGAUCAGUGAGAAAUUUAUAUGGUAAUCAACUUAUUCAGUUUUCUUAUGAUGCUGAAGAGGAUUCAGCUUGUGAUAGCUAUUUUCAAGAGGAUAUUAUAGGCGGUGAACCAGUCGGAGCGCUUUCUGCUUGUGCAGUUUCCGAGGCCGCAUAUAGUGCUUUGAGUCAACCUAUUAGUCUACUUGAAGCAUCACCUUUACUGAAUUUAAAAAAUGUUCUGGAGUGUGGUUCAAGGAAAAGAGGGGGUGACCAGACCUUAUCUUUAUAUUUGUCUGAGAAAAUUGGUAAAAAGAAACAUGGGUUUGAAUAUGCAUCUCUAGAAGUUAAGAAUUAUUUGGAAAGAUUGAUGUUCUCAAACAUUGUUGCUACUGUCAUGAUAAUAUUCAGCCCACAGUCUUGCAAUCUCGGAAAAUACAGUCCUUGGGUUUGCCAUUUUCAUUUAGACAAGGAAAAUGUAACAAGAGGAAAUUUCAGAGUGCAUUCUAUCAUUGAGUCUAUUUACCAGGGAUAUGACUCCUUAAAAAAAAACUCAAAAUUCACUCUUCCCAAUUUGAAAAUAUCAAGCAACAGGAAAUGUUGUGUAGAUGACAUGGCUAAGGAAGCUGGAGAAACCUCUGAUAAGGAAAAAGACAGUCAAGAUUGCAUCACCGUAACAAUUGUUGAAGAUUCUAAGAAUUCUCUACAGCUGGAUGCUCUUCGGAAUAUAAUGAUACCUUUGCUUCUGCGAACAGCUAUAAAAGGAUUUUCGGAGAUCAAGAAGGUUGACAUUCUCUGGAAGGAUCGGUCAAAAGUAUCAAAUUCUUUUAAUGGUUCUUCUGGUGAACUAUACUUGAGGGUUACUAUGGCCAGUGACAAUGACAGCGGUACAUUCUGGGGUUCACUGAUAAAUCACUGUCACAGAAUAAUGCCGUUGAUUGACUGGACACGAAGUCAUCCCGAUAACAUUCACCAUUUCUGCUCAGCCUUUGGAAUCGAUGCAGGGUGGCAGCAUUAUCUGCAUAAUUUAUCAGCUGCAACAUCCGAUACUGGCAAGUCGAUCCUUCCUAAGCAUCUGCGUCUGGUUGCCAAUAGUCUUUCUGCUAGUGGAGAGUUUGUGGGAUUAAAUGCUAAAGGCAUGGCACGGCAAAGAAAACAUGCAUCUGUUUCAUCGCCCUUUGUGCAAGCAUGCUUUUCUAAUCCUGGCAGUUCCUUUUUAAAAGCUGCGAAGUCUGGAGUCAUGGAUAAUCUCCAGGGCAAUCUAGAUGCAUUGGCUUGGGGAAACUGUCUUCCCAUGGGUACAAGUGGACAGUUUGAUAUCAUAUACUCAGAGAAGGUCCAAGAGCUUGAUAAGUCUGUAGAUGUGUAUGGCCUGCUAGAGACCAGUUUUGAUCAGAUGGAACAAGAGAUUGAGACCCCUCAAUCGCAAAAAUAUUCAUCCAUUAAAUGCAAUAAAAGAGGUGGUUACAACCCAAAAGAGCCUAAGCAGUGGAAAAGCGCUGUAAGAAGUUUUAUAACAGUAAACGAUAUUCAGAAGCUUACAACUGCAUCAAGGUUCAUACUGAACAAGUAUCCAAUUGAUGAGAUACUUAGUGAGAAGGACAGGUUAACCAUAAUGAAGGUUUUGCAUUUUCAUCCUUGUAAAAAUGAGAAGUUUGGCUCUGGACCACAAGACAUAAAGGUUGGAUGGCAUCCCGAGUUUACGGAUAGACGUUGUUUUUUUAUAAUACGAAAGGAUGGAACUGUUGAAGAUUUUUCAUACCGCAAAUGCAUUCUUGGUGCUCUUGAUAUUGUUGAUCCAGAAAAAUCAAAGAUCCAAAAGAAUAAAUGGUCGGGAAAUAAUGAAAUGGAAGCUAAAAAAUGGUCUGGAAGUGAUGAAAUGGAAGCUAAAAAAUGGUCGGGAAAUUAUGACAAGGAAGCCAAAAAAUGGUCGAGAAAUUAUGACAAGGAAGCCAAAAAAUGGUCAGGCAAUAAUGACAUUGAAGUGACUGGCAUUUGAUACGACGACAGUCACAAAGUAUCUUUGAAUAAAUCGUGCUAAAAUACAGUUGGAAGGGUAACAGUAUUGCCACAACUCUAGAUGCACAAAAAAUGACGUUGUUUUUCUACCUUUGAUUUUAAAGAUUGUUCCAAAUCAAUGUUAGAGAGACACUGUUGUCUUUUGUGUGUUUAGAGUUAUGUAAUUGGCAUUCCUCCUGCUGUUUAGGUGGAUAAUCUGGACUCUUAUUUUGUUGUGUAUUAUCUCUAGAUGUUAGAAUUAGUUGUAGCCAAUUGAAACGUAGCUUGAUGAAUUUAGCUCGUCUGAUAGAGUCAGUGCAGUGAAUCAAGAUGAGAAUUGUGCAGCAGCACAUUCUGAAACAAAGGAGAUGAGGCAUAGAAGAGACUAUACAAGUUGAAGGAAAUGGCUGUACAUUUUCUUUUUUAAAAUUUUAUUUGAACAAUUAACUUUCCUUUUUUGUUAUGAUAAAGAUGGAUUGAGUGCUAAAUCUUUAACUUCUUUUUGCUACUUUCACUAAUAUUUUUUUGCCUUCGAUUUUAUGUGAGGCAAAAAAAGAGCUAGUGGAAGUCGCAACGAGAAGCUUGCAAACUGCAAAGAUUUACCCUCAGACCAAAUGUAUUUAUGAAUAUAUGGCAAUUAAAUGUGUAACAUUACUAAUUGUUUGUCCUACCUAGUUCAAGCGCCAUAGUUUAUGGAA